CACACACACACACACACACACACACAUGCAUUCAGUCCGUCGCUCUCACAGACACCAUUAGCACGGCUCUGUGGUGGAAAUAGAAAGCUAGAGAUAAAGAGAGAGAGAGAUAGGAGAAUAAAAAGAAAAACAAAGAGGGCAAACAGGUGGAAUUAGGAAGAGAAACACCAAUCUAUUCCUCAGACUACAGCAUGCAGCAGCAGUGGGUGUGUCUGGCUUUACUGGCCCUCCUGACUGUCACAGCGACGCUGGCAGAUGGUGGAAAAACAGAGAAACAAGGUAAGAAAGAGCGUAAAUCGGAUUGUGGCGAGUGGCAGUGGAGCGUGUGUGUGGCUAACGAGGGUGACUGCGGCCUGGGCACCAGAGAGGGCACACGCACCGGCAACGACUGUAAACAGACCAUCAAAACCCAGCGCUGCAAAAUCCCCUGCAACUGGAAAAAGCAGUUUGGAGGUGAGUGUAAGUAUGAUUUUCAGGUGUGGGGAGAGUGUGACUCGACCACGGGAAUGAAGACGCGCACCGGCAUGCUGAAGCGAGCGCUGAUGGACGCUAACUGCCCGAACACCGUCAGCGCCACCAAACCCUGCGGCAAACCCAAGCCCAAGAUACAAGGUACAAGAAUAUACUCAUAA